ACCAAUGUAAAUGAAACGUUGAGGAGAUGCCUCGGAGUUCCUCCAAACACUCCAACACUCAUGAGAUACGCGCUGGCUUGUGAACUUCCACCUCUUCCCAGAGCUGUAUGGCUUACGGCCAAGGAACUUGUCAAACAGUGGUUGAUCAAUCCUGAACUUAGAAUACAGAUCCAGAACAGACCUCCCAUAAAUUCCAGCUACAGCAUAACGUACGAAAAAUUUAAAGCAAUUAUCAACACCAUAGAUACAAAUGUAGCUUUCAAAAGACACCAUAACCUCACCUGCUACGAAUCUGAAUUGGCCCAGUCCAAAAAGAACGUUACCCCUACACAACUCAGAGCUAUCUACAACCAAAAAAUUAACACGCUAAAAGAGGAAGGUUUCAAAGUGUAUGCCACUGAUGCAUCGGUGUCAGAUAACAAAAUUGGCUGUGCAGUCUAUGUGGUAACGGCUAACGUCUCAUACCUGUUCAAUAUAGAUGGAAACUUCACAUCAACUUACGCAAUCUUUACAGACAGUCAGAGUGCAAUUAAGGCCCUAAAAAGCCGCACCACACACAAUUUCCUAGUAGCUGAAAUCCAUAACAAACUUUAUCACUCCCAAAUAGAAAACAUUGCAAUAGUCUGGACACCUAGCCAUGUGGGUAUAACCAUAAAUGAAAAAGCGGAUAUAGCAGCAAAAACAGCAGUUGACCAUGGUAAAUCUUUACCCCCAAAACUCACACCUUGUGAAGCACUGAGAAGGAUUAGCAAAAUGUUGUGGACUGAAGCCAAACAAGAAUUUACCAACAAACUUCCAAACUGGGACCCGGACAUAGUAGAAUUUUGCACGCCCAAAGAAAAACAGCCAUGGUUUAAAAACAAAAAUGUAGACUUAGAAGCAUACGACAUAAAACUUUUUAACAGAAUAGCUACUGGACACACGUACGGUAGCACUUAUUUAACCAAAUUUCAGCAUUACAGAUCAGACAAUUGCAGCGCAUGCAACAUAAAAGAAACUCCUGAACACCUCAUAUUUGAUUGUAUCAAAUAUAACAACUUACGUAAUGAUAAUUCUCUUUUCCGAAACUACCAAAAUUUCAAACAGAUUCUUCUUUCAAAACUGCCUGCCACAUACAAACAACUGGCCGACUUUCUACAUAGAAGUGGGCUGGAUAAAGCACUAUAAACAA